CACAGAACAUUUCUCUGCCUUCUUAUAUCUACUAGACCAAAUACCUCUCUCUCUUCCAUACACCUUUAAUUUCUUUCUUUCACAACUCAAAUCAAAGAAAAGCAGAUCCAAGGUGGUUGUUAAGCUGUCAAUCUAUCAAUCAAUCAAUCAAUCACCCAGACCAAUCAUCAAUCAAUUUUAAAAGAGAAAGAAAAAAAAAAUCAAAGAAGAUGUCCUCCUCUUCUACAUUGUCUUUGGACCACCUUCCUCCCUCGGAGCAGCUCUGCUAUGUGCAUUGCACCAUUUGCGACACUGUGCUCGCGGUGAGUGUUCCUUGCACAAGUUUAUUCAAGACUGUGACUGUUCGAUGUGGCCACUGCACAAACCUCCUUCCUGUGAACAUGCGUGGUUUGCUUCUGCCUUCGGCUAACCAGUUUCACUUGGGUCACAGCUUUUUCUCCCCUUCCCAUAAUCUUCGGGAGGAGAUCCCAAAUCCCCCUCCAAACUUUCUAAUCAAUCAAACCAACACAAAUGAUUCCUCUGUAUCCUCUCGAGGAGUAGUUGAUGAGCUUCCACGGCCCCCAGUUCUCAACAGACCUCCGGAAAAGAGACAAAGAGUCCCAUCGGCGUACAACCGAUUCAUCAAGGACGAGAUCCAACGCAUUAAGGCUGGAAAUCCUGAUAUAACCCACAGAGAAGCCUUCAGUGCAGCUGCUAAGAAUUGGGCCCACUUUCCACACAUUCACUUUGGUCUCAUGCCUGAUCAGGCAGUGAAGAAGGCUAACGUGCGCCAGCAGGAAGGGGAGGACGUGCUUAUGAAAGAUGGUUUUUUCGCUUCAACAAAUGUGAAUGUUGGUGUUUCUCCUUACUAAGAAGGGAAGGUAGGUGAUGGUGUUUCUAGGGCUCAGAUCUUAGUUGCUUCUUUACCUUCUGUUUCAAGUUACUUUAAUUUGCUUAUUGUCUUGUAGUUUAACAUGUGUACGUGGUUGAUUAACUACUUCAUAAUCCAUUAUCUGCUACUUAAGCUCCUUUUAAUGUUUUUAUUUUACCUAUUAUCUAUUUAAGUUUCUGUAUGUCUAU